GUUGGACGAACAAUGUAAUUGUAGAAGAGAUUCAACCACUAAAACCAGGCCUAAUAAUCAAGUUCCUUGAUGAACUAGAACUUACUGGUGUGCUAUAAGUACAGAAUAUGGGAUACAAUAGCUCUUAAAGCGCAUGGUAUAAUACACACACCGACUAAUACAUGCACAUUUACAUCAGUUAAGAUGAUAAAUAAAUUGGUUCUUGGUUGAAGAAGUUAGAUAUGAUUUCAUUCAUCUGUAAAACAGUGUUUGGAAAAAGUUUUUUGCAAAUAACUUUAGAACGGUUGCUCACAAAUAAAAACCGUUUGCCCAUCUAAAUUCAACGUCUUUUAAACACAUUUACAGUGAUGAGUUAUUUAAUGUUUGAAAUGGGUAAGUUCCUAUCCGUUAUCUUGGAGAGUUAGAUUAAAAAAAAAUUGUUUGCCUUCUCCAUAAAAACGGGUGAAUCUUCUGAAUCCUUGGUCCUACAACAAAUUUCAACAUGUCGCUAAAAAUAUACCUUACCAUGUUUUCCAUUUUAUUUAUAACAGAAAUAAUGCAAAUAUUUAGACAUUUUAAAAUAGUAAAAACUUCACUUAUUAAUACGAUUCCCGACGAUUUAUUCAAGGUUGCGAUUCGGACUUAAAUUGUACGAGAAAAUUAAGCAAGAUUGUAAGAAACGUGAUGAUAAAGGGGGUGGAGGGUUUGGACAAACAGCAAUCAACAGGCAUUCCCUCACAAUUUAUGCCGUUUUAAAAUUUGGAACCAUUAAACUAGCGUCUAUAAAAUUUUCUGCCAUAUUUUCCUUUUUUCCUUCUAAACUAUCUUUUGCUGAGUUAUGUCUUCUUGAAAAAUGAAAUAACUCAGCAAACAACAAUUUUUCGACGUUUUUGACGAAAUAAACUUCCCUGAUGUUAAAACCAUUCAAUAAAAUCGUCGAUCUUCGACUCUGGUUUUAUUUGUAAAAAGUUUGACGUGUUUUAGCAUGGCAACGUGACCUCAGUAAUCUAAAUAGCGUGCCGCCGCCUAACAUUUGAGCCACUUCACCCUAAUGAAAUUAGAGAAGCUUUUACUCGAACCUGGUAGAAAUUCAAUUCUCUUAAUGAGUUUGCACCUUUUGCCUAUACAUAGUUGUUUGACCAAAGUGAAUACUUCACAGCGUUUUUAAAGUAUGGGGAAUAAAAUUGUGACUUUUACAGAGGAACAACUUGAGGACUAUGAGGACUGUACAUUUUUUACUAGGAAGGAAAUUUUACGUGUGCAAAAGAAGUUCUUUAGUAUAAGCAAUAACACAGUACCCAAGUCAAUGAUCAAAAAUGAAGCUUCAAGAAUUGCCAUACCAUUGAAUGUAAUAGAAAAAUUGCCUGAACUUAAGGAAAAUCCAUUCAGAACAAGAAUUUGCCAGGUGUUUUCAAAAGAUGGUUCUGGAGAUCAAACGUUCGAGGAUUUUUUAGAUAUGUUGUCAAUAUUCAGCGAACAGGCCACAAGAGAUAUGAAAGUGUUCUAUGCGUUUAAAAUUUACGAUUUUGACAAUGACAAUCACAUCGGCUGCGAGGACAUAUGCACAGCUCUUCGUUUACUAACUCACAAUGAGCUGUCUGUUGAAGAAAUGGUGCAAGUGUAUGAAAAAGCUAUGGAAGAGGGCGAUGUAGACGGAGAUGGUAAACUUUCUUUCAUUGAAUUUCACCAUGUGAUCUUGAGAUCGCCUGAAUUUUUUUCUACAUUUCACAUAAGGAUUUAGUUAGCAUAUUACCUAACCAAUUAAAAUUCCUUGUAAUUAAAAUGCUAGGUAUUUUGUAAGUUAAUUGCAUAAUACUUAUUAAUUUAUUGUUUUCCACUUUUCUUAAAACGUGUGGUGUUUAGUGACCAUUAGACAAUGAUUAUUCGG